AUGCAAUAACAAACAAUAGAGGACUUGGCAGAAAAGGAAGCUGAAAUUAAAGAAGCAUUUGAAAUAUUUGAUAAAAACAAAUCUAAAAGUAUAUCUGGUAAUAAAAUCUUAAUUCAUUAUUAUAACAGUUUAGGAAUUGACUUCAGUUUUUCGUUCUUUGGGUUAUAAUUUCUCAUAAGAUGAAAUAUAAUCUAUGGUCAAAGAAUUGAGACACACUUAAAAAGCAGAAGGAGCAGAAGAUAAAGAAUUAGAUUUUGAUGAUUUUAAGAACUUAUUAUAAAUGUAGGAAGAAAAGGCUAAAAGUGGAGAGGAUGAUUUGAGAGAUGCCUUUGAAGUUUUUGAUAGAGAUGCAAACGGUUAUAUAGGUUUGGAGGAAUUGAUGAUGGUAGCAAAAAGUUUAGGAGAGAAUAUUUCUGAAGAGGAUUUAAAAGGGAUGUUAUAGUAUGCAGCUAAUACAUUAAAUUAAAAAGACGAUGAUAAGGAUAAAGCACCUCAAAUAAAUUUAUAGUAAUUUGUUGAAGCUUAUUUAAAAUGAAA